AUGCGACAGCCGCCUCAUGUGUCGCCCCUUACUGGAUGCUGUAGAGUGUGCGUGAGAGUGAUGCUCCUCCUCUUGCUUUCUGUUCGUCUGUCAGCAGCCUCUGUCUGCCAUAGCCCCUGCGUCUGUGCCAGUGACAUCAUCAGCUGCCCCCAGAGGAAUCUGUCCAGCCCUCCUGCGCCGCUGCCUCGCUACACCGCCCUGCUGGACCUCAGCUUCAACUGCAUCGGCCGGCUGCGCUCAGACUGGACCGCCGUGCGACUCAGCGCCCUGCACACACUCCUGCUGGGCAACAAUGGCCUGCACUUCCUGUCCCCGGAGGCGUUCGUACAGGUGCGACGACUGAGGCACCUGGACCUGUCCUCGAACGCUUUAACACACCUGGACGAGUUCGUCUUUGAGCCACUGCCGCACCUGGAGGUCCUGAUGCUCUACAACAAUCAGAUCGGUCAGAUUGACCGGACCGCAUUCUCCGGGCUGCUGGGCCUGCAGAAGCUUUACCUGAGCCAGAACCGGGUCAGCCGCUUCCCUCUGGAGCUGCUCAAGGACCGGAACCGCCUGGACAAGCUCCGCCUACUGGACGUGUCAUUGAAUCGGAUUAGAGCUCUGCCCCUAGCAGAGCUGCAAGCGCUUCCCACCUGGCUGAAGGACAGCGUCUAUUUCCACGGCAACCCGCUGGACUGCAGCUGCGAUCUGUACAGUGUCCUGAUUGGCUGGCUGCAGCGAGAGCUCCGCCCAGUCUCAGAAUUCCCAGAAAGCCAUUUAUGCGUGCAGCCAGUGGGUGGAGCCCAAGCCAGUAUCCUGCAGUUGAACUGCAGUGCAGUCCGAGUUCGAGACGAGGAGGCUUUUCUAAACCAGAUCCUGGUCCUGGACUGUGAUUCGCGCUACAGGGAUGCAACAAAGAGCUGGACGGUGCCCCCGCUGGCCAACCGCAGCACUGUGCAGCCACUUGGGGACGGACGGCUUCAGGUGGGGCCACUGCAGGCGGAGGAUUCGGGAGAGUACAGGUGCGUGGUGGAGGGUGAUGGUGUGAACGAGACGGUGGUGGUGUUGGUGAGGGUCCACAACUCCACGCAGGGUUUUGGAGAAAGCCUGAACACGGCCUACACCACGCUGGCCUGCUGCGUGCUCAGCAUCGUUCUUGUGGUGAUCUACCUCUACCUCACACCCUGUCCCUGCAGCCACGGCAACCACCUGGCCAAGUCUACCCUCACAGACAGCGUCCACUCCUCCAGUCUGAGCGUCACUAAGACACUCUGCCAGCAGGGGGCGACGCACAUGGACUUCUACCAGCCCAAAGAACAGAAUGGUGACAUCAGGAGUGAGAUACAGGAGGAGGACAUGAAAGAAGGGCAGAGACACGAAAAGGAGGACAGGAAGAGGCGGAGCUCCAUUAGCUCAGGCACGCCAAUCAUGGUGUGA